GACGUGGACGGUCCGAUGCCGGUGGACCGAAGAGGAUGGCCUACACUUCGUGCACUUGCCAACCUUUUGAAUUGUCAUCGUCUCAGCGUCAAUUCUCUGCAACACCUGAAAAUGCCCAAAUCAAACCCUAAUUUCCCGUACGUUUCCUCCAGCAAUCCUCCUGGCAACUUGUUCAUGGACUCAAACCAACUCGUUGACUCGCUCACCGCUCAUAUCUCUCUCUAUCACAACCGCUCCCCAAGCUCUAGCCCGAACCCUAACCCUAACCCUAGAUCUUCUAUUCUUAAAUGGUUCUCAUCUCUCACCGUCCAGCAGCGCCAGUCUUACAUUUCAGCGGUAGAUUCCAACUUCGUCCAGAUUCUCCUCCAAAUGCAAUUUAAACUCUAUACCCAUGGUCAUGGCUUCUUCAUUAUCCUCCCUGACCUCCCCUCACGUGAUCGCCCACACCUUCCCAGCCUCUGCUUUCGGAAGUCACGUGGUCUGCUGGCCCGAGUCAGCGAGUCAAACGACUUGGAACGAUUGAUUAACGACUCGGUUAGGUUGUUCGGGUCCAAGGAAGGUGAGCGAGUGGAAGAUUGUUCGUGUUCGGCGAGUUUUCUCGAUUCAGUCACUGUUUGUGAAGAAUUUGUGUCAAAUGUGGAUCGGUUUGUCGCGGCAAUGGAUAGUGUUUCGAAUGGGGGGUUUUUGAGGGGUGAAGAAAGCGGGCUGGGCUCAGAUUGGGUUGAAUUGGAGUGGUUGAAGGCGAAAGGCUAUUAUAGUAUUGAAUCGUUUGUUGCAAACCGGUUGGAGGUGGCGUUGAGGUUGGCAUGGUUUAACUGUGGGAAUAAUGGGAAGAAAAGAGGAGUUAAGUUGAAAGAGAAGGUUAAUGUCGCUGGAAUUGCGGCAAAUGUUUUUUGGAGGAAGAAAGGCUGUAUAGAUUGGUGGCAAAAUUUGGAUUGUGCAAUGAGGAGGAAGAUGAUCAUUGUGGUUUUGGGAAAGGCAGCAAAAUCUCUGACUGAUGAGAUUCUGAAAGGGGCAUAUAGUGCCUUGGAGGAUGAGAAGUGGCUCUUCAAUGCUGGAGGGGGACAACCAGUGAAAUACAAAUAUACUGCAUCAUCUCAAAGGACAGACCAGGCACUCUCUGAUGAUGCAGAAGCUGGCUCAAUUAUGAUCCCAUCUUCUGUCUCUGGAAAACCCAAGUCCUUUUUUAAUUUCUCUAAUGGUUUAUUUGUGGUUCAGGAUAUUUUGAACAUUAUAUUGACAUGUCAACAUAGUGAAUACGACAGAGACAAAAUAUUUUUUAGCACAUUGGGUUCUAUCAGUACCAUUUCAGAUUGUAUAUUUCGGAAACUUCGAGGACUACUUAUGGUUGUUUGGCUUGAUUUCACAAAACUUGAACUGCUAGGAGAAGGAAAUUUGAAGUCCCCGCCAAAUAAAUCCAAAGAAAAGCUUGGUACAGGUGGGCGUAAAAAAAGGGGUAGGACCCGGAAUAUGAAGAAGUUAAAUCCUGUUCCUAGGUCAUGUGGAGAUGAUUCCAAAAGUCUCAAACCUCUCAAGGAUCAUGGAUGUGGAUUGGCCUAUGCCAAGUGUGUGGAUUUUGUGGAGUCCAAUAGGAUGGCUGGUGAACUUCAGCAAAGUGAUCUUCGCAUGGAGGCAUCCUCUUCAGUGGUUGAGAUGGAAAAUGACAUGUUUUCGGGAAAAGUUCAAAAUGCUGCAAGGAAGUCUAGAAAAGAAAGAAAUAAAAAUAGAAUUUACAGCUUAAAAGAUCCAGUUGAAGUAAGAGAUCUUGAAACAAUAACCACAGAACCUUCUGCUCCGUCUGUUAUAUCCCAGAGUGAGCCUUCAAAGUCUAACUGGAAAUCUGAUAGUUCAGUCUCUGAGAAUGUGCCAAAUGAUGCUUCAAUUGGUUGUGACAAGUUCAUUUCAAGUCCUUGUAAACCUACUAAUGGGCCUUCAAGGGCAGAAACUACUGCUCAAAGCAUUCGAGAAGAUCCUGUUGUCAGUUCCAUUGAAGUUGAUGGUGCUUUCAGCGGUGAAGACAUUAAAUUUCAGAACUCCGAACAUUUGAGUGAAACUGAUACAAAGUGUGUUUCUGACAAACCAAUCAAAGCUACUGAGUUGGAAGAGGAAAUUGUCCAAAAUCGGGAGCAAGAAAGGGGGAAGUUUUGUAAUACUGGAUCCACAAGUUCUUCAGAAUGCCCUUCAUAUGAGUGGCCUACUGUUGCUCCCAUUCAUUUUACAUCUAUCAAUUCACAACAUCUCCCAGCUGCCACUGAUAGAUUGCAUCUGGAUGUUGGUCGUAACUGGCAUAAUCAUUUCCAUCAAUCCUUUGUACCCUCAAUACACCAGACCAGAAAUCCUCCAUUGGAUGCUGGGUGCAGCCAGAUUUUAUCUCGACCUUUGCCAAUGAGUUUAGAUUGGCCCCCAAUGGUACGAAGUAUCAGUAGAUUGGCCCCAUCAGUGACAUGUAAUUAUGAUCCUGGAUUUAUCUCAAGGAUGCAGUCUUCUUUUCGGCAGGGGUUCCCUGCUCACAAUGUGCAGGUCAAUACAGCCACCUCUGAAGAUGAAAGAAAGUAUUCAGGGGAUUUGAUGGAUCUGUCUGAUUUAACAAAUGUGCAAGAGUUAGCAGAUGAAUGUGACAGCCACUGGAUAUCAGAGGAAGAAUUUGAGUUGCAUGCAGUUUCUGGAUUAGAUUAUAGUCAGUACUUUGGUGGCGGUGUGAUGUAUUGGAAUUCUUCUGAUCAUCCAGGGUCAGGUUUCUCUCGUCCUCCAUCCCUUAGUUCUGAUGAUAGCUCAUGGGCUUGGCACGAAGCAGACAUGAAUAGGGCUGUUGAUGACAUGGUUGCCUUCUCUUCAUCUUACAGUACAAAUGGCUUGGCUUCGCCUACUGCUGCUUCUUUUUGUUCUCCGUUUGAUCCUUUGGGGGCAGGGCACCAGCCUCUUGGUUAUGUCAUAUCAGGAAAUGAAGGACCUGGUAAAGUGCUGCAUUCUUCUUCAGCAUCAGCAGAUGCAAUGCCAGAGGAGAAAGUUUCUGGAUCUUUGGCAAAUUUACCUGUUGAUGUUGAAGGGAAAACAGGAGAUCCACUUCCUUACUCCCUUUUGCCACCAAUUAUCAUUCCCAAUAUGUCAAGGGAAAGGUCAAGAUCUGAAUUUAAGCGUAAUUUUGAUCGUAAAAGCCCAUGUGUUCCUCCUGCGAGGCGGGAGCAACCUCGCAUUAAGCGGCCACCAUCACCUGUAGUGCUUUGUGUUCCACGGGCUCCUCGUCCACCUCCACCCUCGCCUGUAAGCGAUUCCAGAAAGAACAGGGGCUUUCCAACUGUUAGAUCUGGUAGUUCUAGCCCAAGGCACUGGGGUAUGCGGGGUUGGUAUCAUGAUGGAAGUAACCUUGAGGAAGCUUGUGUAUGCAUAGAUGGUGCUGAAGUUGUUUGGCCUUCUUGGAGGAAUAAAAAUCUUUCAACUCGUCCAAUGAUUCAACCUCUACCUGGAGCGUUACUGCAGGAUCGCCUGAUUGCUAUCUCCCAGUUGGCUCGUGAUCAGGAACAUCCAGAUGUUGCAUUUCCUUUGCAACCACCUGAUUUAUUGAGCUGUUCCAUGAGAAAGACAGCCCUCUCUAUGAUGCACAGCCUCCUACAUGAGGAAAUUGAUUCUUUCUGGAAGAAGGUUGCUGCAGAGAAUAUGAUUAGGAAGCCUUACAUUAAUUGGGCUGUCAAGCGUGUUACACGAUCUCUCCAAGUCCUAUGGCCUCGGUCCAGGACAAAUAUCUUUGGUUCAAAUGCAACUGGUUUAUCUCUUCCAACAAGUGAUGUAGACCUUGUAAUUUGCCUUCCUCCAGUGAGGAACUUGGAGCCUAUUAAAGAAGCUGGGAUUUUAGAGGGUCGAAACGGUAUUAAAGAAACUUGUCUUCAGCAUGCAGCCAGAUAUCUAGCAAAUCAGGAGUGGGUAAAAAAUGAUUCUCUUAAAACUGUGGAAAAUACAGCUAUACCUAUUAUCAUGCUUGUGGUGGAAGUUCCCCCUGAUCUCACUACCUCUGCUGCCCCUAAUCUACAAACAUCAAAAGAGGAGCCAACUCCUAUGCCAGGUGGACAAGGAAGUCAUAUUCAGACCGAAAUGGGUGGUUUAGAGAACUCUGCUUCACCAAAGUGUGCACAGAUAAAUUAUGAUAAUAGCAAGGAUUCAAAGUCAGUUCGCAUUGACAUCAGUUUCAAGUCUCCAUCGCAUACAGGACUCCAAACCACAGAGCUGGUUAAAGAGUUAACUGAGCAAUUUCCUGCAGCUACACUUGCUUUGGUGCUAAAACAGUUUUUGGCUGAUCGUAGCCUGGAUCAGUCCUACUCUGGUGGCUUAAGUUCAUAUUGUUUGGUGUUACUGAUCACACGGUUUCUUCAGCAUGAGCAUCAUCUUGGUCGCCCUAUCAAUCAAAACUUCGGAAGCCUGUUGAUGGAUUUUCUUUACUUCUUUGGGAAUGUGUUUGAUCCACGUCAAAUGCGUAUUUCAGUACAAGGAAGUGGAGUGUAUAUAAAUAGGGAAAGAGGAUAUAGCAUUGAUCCAAUUCACAUUGACGAUCCUCUUUUUCCAACAAAUAACGUGGGAAGGAACUGCUUUCGGAUACAUCAAUGUAUCAAGGCAUUUUCAGAUGCUUAUUCUAUUCUGGAGAAUGAACUCACAUGCCUCCCCACAAGUGGCGAUUCAAGUACAAGUCCACCAUACAGGCUUCUUCCAAAAUUAUCUCCAGUAUUGAUCUUUUAUAGGGAUUCCAAGUAUUUGGAGAAUUUUUAUUUGUUUGGCAGAUGGUCAUUAGAACUGAAGAAUGCCCCAUGCAGUUUGACAUGCAAACUGUCUGCAAAUAUCCUUUGAAGUUGAUCUUGUCAUCCCCCAGAAUCCCGACCCUGAAUGAUUCAGAAAAAUCACAAAAAUGAAAUUGGGAUCUCUCAUAUGAUUGGGACCUUGCUGUUCAUCUGUCCCCUUUUGCAACCCGAUAUCAUUUGAUCAUCAUGAUUGAUUUGAUCUAUUUUCGAUCAAUUAUCCUCCAUGAUGAUGAAAAAGAAGAUGCAUUAGAAUGUUAUUUGUUGGCCGUCUAAGCACUACAUUAUUUUUUGGUGCUGGACUUCUCUAUGCAGGUCAUUUGUUGAUUGCAACGUCAAACUAUGGCUGCAAUACACACUGGAGAUCAUCAUUUGAACUUAUUCUGCAGUUGUUGGAAUGAGCCAAUUACAAGUCUGCUAGGCUGGUUUUUCUCAGAAUAUGAUAUGCAGCCUAGUGCAUGAGCAAACAACAGUUAUUUGGUGCACCCCAUACCGUUGUUAUACAUGCUGCAUGUACUUGUGGUGAAGGUAUAUUGUAUAAUAAGUAUUAAGCUACUAUUCUCCGAACGCCUGCCUUGCUCUUUGCUUUCAUCUAUCGAGCUACAGGUUAGAUGCUGUCAUCAGUCAGAGAGAAGGUUGGACCCAGUUCAUCGGGCUCCCAAAAGUGGUUUUGGGGAAGAACAGGUUGAACAGGGUAGGAGUUUGUGUGGCUUGAUGGACCCUGGAGAGACAAGUACAAGGUUUGAGCUCUCCAAAAGAGGACCAGAAAUUGAUUUAUUGAAAACAGGGUGGUCCUGAGACAUAAAGAAAGAAUUGAUUUAAACCAAGCCGCCUUGUCAAAAAAGAGGGGAGAAAGAAUGUGGAAAAACAAAGAAUUCGGAAUGCACAGCUAUUCAUUCUAGUACCUGAUCACAUUGUAGGGAGUAUGCAAGAAAGUUACGCUUACAUUGUUGUAUUUAAAGUUUUCUUUUCCCCUUUCUUCUCACCUGUUAUCUUCGGUUCCCUUUCUCUGUUUAAGCCUCGAUAUUGACUGAAAAACAAUGAAUGAUGUCACAUGGGUAAUGAUGUUUUCUUCUUCUUAUUAUUUGUAUUAUUUUGGUUCUUUAUUACAUA